AUGCUGCCCAACACCGCUCGCAUCAACAGCAAACACCGAUUCACCACCAUUUCCAUUCUCUGCACCAUGAUCGGAUCCAUCAUUGCUCUUCUUUUUUCGAUUGGAUAUUUAACGUCAUUAAUCAUUUUGACAGCACAACGAAAAUUUCUUUUAGAAGUUUCUGACAAUUCCGACGGCAAAAUGUUACUCGCAGUUGAAUUUACUGCAUCAGGUUUAUCUAUCAUCAUGAGUGUGAUUGGAAUCUUUUCAGUGAUUGAUUGUUGUUCAAACAUGUCCUCUCCGAAAUAUUUCAAUGCAUGUUCCUAUAUUUGGACAAUUAGUAUUGGAAUUUGUUGGGUUAUUACAUUUGUAAUGAUUGGAGUUUAUGGAAGUAAAUUGGACAGUACAUUCCAUUCAACAUUACCUAAAGAUGAAAAGGAAUAUCAUGUAUUAUAUUUUGCGAGUAUUGUGGGAGUGACAAGUGGCGUUUUUUUAUUGUGUUGUGUGCCAUUGUGUUGUUGUGGAAUUGGAAGAAUUAUUGUCACGUUGAAAAAUGCACAAAGUACGAAAUAUAGACCUAUUCUCGAGAGUGAUGAAAAUUUUGAUUGA